GUGACUAGACCAAACCGAUUCCUGUUUCCAGCACAUUUUCCAUGAAGUUCAUGGUUAGAUGGAGACUAAUUCCGGACAUCUUUACUGAUAUCACCCAGUUGUCUCCCAAGGGUCAAGGAAAGGGAAAGAGACCCUUUGAGGACCCUUUGUGAACACCGCCUGACUGCCGGUAUAUUAGAGAGACGACUGGGGACGAGUUAGCUUCUUUAUUCUCUAAAUGGGCUUCCUUUUUAUUCCUCUACCGAAGGUGGUUUGGGUUMCAGUCAUUUUCGUGCCAAAAUACGAAGUGCGGGAACUUGAUGCAGGAAGAAGGCGCUAUUUAUCGGCUCAUACUUAUAAAUAUAAGGCUUAAAGGAUACCCAAUCUGCACUUUUACUAUACUAAGAAGCUGUUGUUUGAAGACUUCUUCGUCUCGUUUGAUGUGAAGCCUGCUUCCGCCUGCUCUUCUACCACGGCUGUUAACAGACUAGUUUUAUGGAUUAAUCAAUAAGUUAUUUAUUACUGACUGAGUGGAAAGCCUUAUCUUAAGARUCAGUUGAUUUGAACCCUUCGAAGAUGUUGGAGAACUUGGACUAGUAGCGUCAACUAGUAUGAACGACUCAGAAGGUGACACUAUUCCUCGUGCCAAGAAAAGAAGAACUAAAAAAUUAAAGUCGUCUUCAGAAGAAUCUGAUUCUAAUAAUUAUGUURAACCAGUGUUCAGAAAAUCUCGAGUUUCUAAGAAUACUAAGUGUGACAGCUCAGAUGAUGAAGAAACACCGAGGAAAAAUGUGAAGACUCCAGSAACGAGAAGCUCAGAAAGACUCAAGGUUAAAAACUCAAGAGAGUUUCGCCUGCCUAGCAGAGAUGAGGUGCUUGAUGAAGUAUCUCCAGGGAAUAUUAUAUGUCCAAGGUCRUCAGAACGAAAAAUUAAAGAACUAAAGCCCAGAAGGCUAGUAAACAACUUCAUAAGAGAGUGUAAUUCGUAUGCGGCUGAAAGAGCUGGAGAUAUAUAUUCAACAGAUAGCAGCUUAUCAGACUUUAUCAACGAUAGUGAUGAGGCUGAAGGGGAAGAGGAUAGUGAAAAUAGCUCCUCUGWUGCUUCAUCAUCAUCUUCAAGUAGUAAAGAUGUUUCAAAUAYGAAGAAAAAAUCACCAAAAAGGAGAAAAAAGAACAUAUCUUCUGAUUCUGACAGCGAUGAAAUCAAUAGCAAAAGAAAAAGGGGAAAAUCAAAGAGUAAGACAAUUAGAAUGAAGAAACUUGAUGGCAAAACCAAUAGGAAAAAUGCAAAGGAAAAAUCCCAAAAUGCAAAAACAAAAACAAGUAAAGUUUCAAGAAGGAAAAAGAAAAUUGUUUCAGAUGAAUCAGAGUCUGGUUGUAGUUCAGAUGGGGCUGACGAUAAUGUACCAUUAUCUACUUUUCUAGAAAAAACACCAAAAACUAGAAAAAAGAAAAAAAUUCUUCCAAAUUCAAGYGAAUCAGAGGUUGAAGUGGAUGCCAUGCAAGUGGAUGCCAUACAAGAUGGUGAUUCUAGUAAUGAAGAAGGGGAGAGAUCCUUCACAAAGUUAAAGGAGUCAAGACCAAGCUCUACAAGACGAUCUACAAGACGCAUGAAACUAAUACAGAAACAACAAGAAUGCCACGAGAAAAAAUAUGGUGAUUUUUUAAAAAGAAGAGAUGUAGCAAAACUUGGCACAAAAGACCCAAAAAUGAAGGAUGAUACUUCAAAUCAAGUCAUUAAAGAGAAGCUUAACAAUAGUGACGAGGGCCUUCAAACUUUGAAAGAAUUAAUUGAAAAUUGUWGCGAGUCAGAUGAAGAUGAUAAAGAUUUUGUUGUGUCUGAUGGUGAAGUUUCUGAAGAAGAAAUGAUAUCUGAUCAAGAACUUGAUGUAAAGUUUCURAAGUUCAUUAAUGAUCAUAGCCAAACAGAAGAUAAUGAUAGCGAAACUCUAAACUCACCAACCAGUGGAUUUUCUGUCCAAACCAAACGAAAAGGAAGAAAAUUAAAGAAUUCCUCUUCAAAAUGGAGRAGGAUAAACACAAGAGUAGAAUCAGAUGACAGUAGUGAGUCAGAAACAACAAUCAAAGACGACUGUGACCACAACUGUCAGCUCCAUACAGCUGUCAAUCAUAAUGACAUUGAUGCAGUUAAAAAACUUCUGCAACAAGACCCUAGUGCAAUCUAUAAUGUAGGAUACAGGAAGAGGUCUGUCUUGCACCUUGCAGCUUUGAACGGCAAUCCAGAGAUGGUUCAGCUGUUGAUUAAAAUGAAAGCCAAAUGCGAAGUUCUUGAUAAGUAUGACUUCCCACCYAUUGCAUAUGCUGCAAAUGGACAUAGUGAGUGUCUUAAGAUUUUCUUGAGACACACAGAUAUAAAACGAAUUAAYAAUGAACUUAUUCAAACACCCAGUAAAAUGAGCCUCCUUCAUUUUGCCGUUGGUGAAACCAGGAUGGGAACAGAAUGUACUGAGAGAGGAAAGUGUUUGGAACUGUUAUUUGCAAAUGAUAAGAAUCUUUGUAAAAGGAUGUUGCAGCACAGAGAUGUGAGGAGACGCACACCUUUACAUGCUGCAGUGUUUGCUUCUCAGCACCAGUGUGUGGCAGUACUUCUGAAGCAUGGAGCAGAUCCCUUGUCCUUCAGAACAAAGGAAGGUGGCAACUUGCUUCACUUUGCAGUGGAGUGUGCAUCACAUCUAAAGCAAGACUCAUCUGAAGAUAAAGACACAUCCUUGUGUCUAAGACAGCUUGUGGAACCAAUGGCUCUGUACCUGAAUGAAACUGAUGAAAAUGGUUUCACACCUUUGAUGUCUGCAUGUGCGAAUGGCAAUGAUGAUUGUGCAUUAGCAUUGAUCCAAGCAGGUGCAAMAGUCAUGACAAAGGAUAGUUAUGGCACUUCACCUCUACACCUUGCAGCUWUGGCUGGAAGCACAGAAUGUGUCAAUCUGCUGUUGAGGUAUGGUCACCAGGUGGACUGCGUCGAURACUGUGGUUGGCCACCUCUUCUGUAUGCUAACUUUAAGGCACAAGAGGAGUGUGUGCUUGCUCUGAUGAAACCUAAACCAGAUCAACUAUUCGUGUUGGGACACUUGCUGAAGAAACAGAUAAAAGAAGAAGAAAAGAGAAAAACUAUGAAAGUUGUGAAGAAUGUCCUCUUCUCGCUAGCCAAUCAUGAUGCAUAUUACACUGUGUUUAAUGAUUUUAUCCGUGCUAACCCUUUGCUGUUGGAUGAAUGUGAUCAUGGCUUACUGCAACACACAUGGAGAGGCAUAUUAGAUUUUGAUAACAAGCACAAGUGGUUUAAAAGAAGAUUAAACUUACUAAGGAAUGAUUCCUACUCCAUAUGCGGCCCCAGCCUCAGUGUUAAACGUGAUGAUAUACUUGGAAGCACCAUGCAGAAGAUUGGACAUCGACAUGGGAAGGAGCUGCGGAGAAGUAUGAGUGUUAUUUUUGAGGACGAACCUGGUAUCUGCACUGGUCCAAAGAGAGARUUUUUUGUUUGUCUGUGUAAAGAUGUUGUUGAUCCUAAACGUGGWCUUUUCGAAAUGUCAGAUGACUCUCAGUUCAGCCCUACCCCAAAUGCUUAUUUUGCAAGCUACGUCAGCAAACAGCCCACAACAUUGUUCCACAGUCAGAACAGAGAUCAAGAUGACACCAAAGUCAGUGAGAAGAAAGAAGAAGACGUUAUUCAAAACAUUGAUAUCGAGUGUACAGACUCAGUUCUACUGGCAGCAGAUUGUUUGGAAAAUAACUCUAAUGAAGCCUUGAAUGCUAACGAGCAGUAUGAAUGCACUGAUUCUGAACUGGUAACAGCUAUGGAAACAUCAGUGAUGGAUAGUGGAAUCUGUAGUACAGCUGACUCUCAGACCCAGCCUGAUUCUAGGGAUGCAGACUCGGCAUCUUCUACUGCAUCGCUUUCUACAGGUGGAAGUACUAUUACGGKUGGCACUCUACCUACUGCUGAAGAGAAUACCAACACAGGUAACCCAGAGGAAGAAGAAAGAACAUCUUCAGCAAAUCCUUCCUACAGUCAGGAGGGUGAUGAUGCCUCUAAGAGACAAACUGACAACAACACUUGGAUUUCUUGCUUGGGGAAGAGUCCCAAGGACAUAGUCAUCCCCAGCAUAGCACUUCGUUCUAAACUGAAGCAACUUCGUCUGAUUGGUCGUCUUGUUGGUGCAGCCAUUUGUCAAGAUAUGCUGCUUAACUUGAAUCUUUCCAAGCAUUUUGUCAAACAGGUUCUUGGGAUCCCUUUAUCUCAUCCUGAUGACCUCAGCUCAUUUGACUAUCAGCUUCACGAGAACAUGGUCACGUGGGUACAAGAGAAUAGCGUGGAUAACCUUGACCUUCCCUUUGGUGUUGAUGUUAAGAAUCCAUGGACGAACYGGCUUGUGUCGGUCAACUUCUCUGACGACGAAGACAAGACUGUUGAUGACUCGAAUAAGCAAGAUUAUGUAAAGCUGGUUUCACAGUACAAAUUACAAACGUUUAUUGAAAAAGAGGUUGAGGAAUUCAACAUUGGUCUCCACGAGGUCAUUCCWCGCGAGUUGCUGUCUUUGUUUACUGCUGAUGAAUUUUCUCUCCUGAUGAACGGUGUGACGAAGAUUGAUGUGAAGGAUUGGAAGGAAAAUACGCAAUAUAAAGGGUUUAGAUCAAAUGACCCGAUCAUCACGUGGUUCUGGGAUAUAGUCUCACGUCUUAAAGAAGAAGAGAAGGCUUUGUUGUUAAAGUUUUCUACAGGAUCCCCGUCUGUCCCUAUAGGAGGAUUCGCAAACUUACAGGGUCUCAGUGGACCGAACAAGUUCACUAUCACACACCUCUUUGGCUCAAACAAGAUUCCCCAGGCUUCAACUUGCUUUAACAUGUUAAACCUGACCGAUUACGACAGUGAAAAACAACUGCGCGAAAAGCUUCUCAUUGCUAUCAGACAUGGCUCUGAGGGAUUCUCUUUCUAUUAGUCAUCCAUACUGUAUGAUGUAUAGGUAAUACUACGACUCURAGGGAUUCUCUUUCUAUUAGUCAUCCAUACUGUAUGAUGUAUAGGUAAUACUACGACUCUGAGGGAUUCUCUUUCUAUUAGUCGWCCAUACUGUAUGAUGUAUAGGUAAUACUACGACUCUGAGGGAUUCUCUUUCUAUUAGUCRUCCAYACUGUAUGAUGUAUAUGUAAUACUACGACUCUGAGGGAUUCUCUUUCUAUUAGUCGUCCACACUGUAUAAUGUAUAGGUAAUACCAUGACUCUGAGGGAUUCUCUUUCUAUUAGU